CUCGAGGGCGCGCCCGUCCCACGCCUCCGCUGACCCGGGUCCCCAACUCCAUGGCCGCCUCGGCGCCGCCCCCACCGGACAAGCUGGAGGGAGGUGGCGGCCCCGCACCGCCCCCUGCGCCGCCCAGCACCGGGAGGAAGCAGGGCAAGGCCGGUCUGCAAAUGAAGAGCCCAGAAAAGAAACGGAGGAAGUCAAAUACUCAGGGCCCUGCAUACUCACAUCUGACGGAGUUUGCACCACCCCCAACUCCCAUGGUGGAUCACCUGGUUGCAUCCAACCCUUUUGAGGAUGACUUCGGAGCCCCUAAGGUGGGGGGUGCAGCUCCUCCAUUUCUUGGCAGUCCUGUUCCCUUUGGAGGGUUCCGUGUACAGGGAGGCAUGGCAGGCCAGGUACCCCCAGGCUAUGGCACUGGGGGUGGAGGGGGUCCCCAGCCUCUUCGUCGACAGCCUCCCCCUUUUCCUCCCAACCCUAUGGGUCCUGCUUUCAACAUGCCCCCCCAGGGUCCUGGCUACCCACCCCCAGGCAACAUGAACUUUCCCAGCCAACCCUUCAACCAACCUUUGGGUCAAAACUUUAGUCCUCCUGGUGGGCAGAUGAUGCCAGGCCCAGUGGGAGGAUUUGGCCCCAUGAUCUCACCCACCAUGGGACAACCUCCCAGAGGGGAGCUGGGCCCUCCUCCUCUCCCCCAACGCUUUGCUCAGCCAGGAGCACCUUUUGGCCCUUCUCCUCUCCAAAGACCUGGUCAGGGGCUCCCCAGCCUGCCCCCCAACACAAGCCCCUUCCCUGGUCCGGACCCUGGUUUUCCUGGCUCUGGGGGUGAGGAUGGGGGGAAGCCCUUGAAUCCAUCUGCUCCCACUGCUUUUCCCCAGGAGCCCCAUUCAGGCUCCCCGGCUGCUGCUGUUAACGGGAAUCAGCCCAGUUUCCCCCCGAACAGCAGUGGACGGGGUGGGGGCACUCCAGAUGCCAACAGCUUGGCACCCCCAGGCAAGGCAGGUGGGGGUUCUGGGCCCCAGCCUCCCCCAGGCCUGGUGUAUCCAUGCGGUGCCUGUCGGAGCGAGGUCAACGACGACCAGGACGCUAUUCUGUGUGAGGCCUCCUGCCAGAAGUGGUUCCAUCGCGAGUGUACUGGCAUGACUGAGAGCGCCUACGGGCUGCUGACCACGGAGGCCUCUGCCGUCUGGGCCUGCGAUCUCUGCCUCAAGACCAAGGAGAUCCAGUCUGUCUACAUCCGCGAGGGCAUGGGGCAGCUGGUGGCUGCCAAUGAUGGGUGAUGCCGGUGCGGCGGCCCACGGAAGUGCACUCAUCCCUCCCUGUUCUUCCAGGGUGAUGUUUCCCUGUCUGGCUCCUGGUCUUUGUUUCCACUGGCUUCCCAUCCUGAUGGGUCAGAAACACAGUGGCUCUGGGGGCGGCAGAAAAGGACUGAGGUGGGCGGACAGAAGAGUCUGGGCCACCUACUUUUCUGGAUACGUAACAUGUUGAGAUCUACAGAGAUCUUGGAAACCAGAGCCCUGCUGAGCAGAGCUAUUUUUUGGUGGCCAUCUGGAGGCCUAGGGGUAUUGUUGCAAGAGAAAAGAGGCUGGAGGAAGAUCUGGAGGGCAGGGGUGCCCUUCUGCUGCUGAUGGAUGCCCCAACACCUGUGCCUAACUCCUAUCUAGCCCCACAGCUCCGGCCUAGGUUUUGGAGUCACGUGUUAAAGGUUUUUGGUCAAGGGCUUUGGAGUCUCACCCCAUCCUGCAUUAGCCCUUCCAUGGGCUCUGGGAGACAGCUUUAGGGAAUAAGCGAGUUUUCCCUUUCCUACUCCCUUUGUUCCCUCCAAGACCUGCUCAACAGCUCCCCACUCAGAGAACCAAAUAGUUUGAAGAAGCAGGAGGGUUCUUGACUAGGGAAGUUUCUUGGUGAUUUGGGGCUUCAAGACAGUAGGUAAGAGAUGCUGGCAGGACAAAUCUCCCUCAUACCAAAGUCACUGGUCCUUUCUCAGCUUCUCUUGUACUUUAACCGUAAUGACCAUAUUUUUGCCAAAAGUUGGGAUAUGUGGUCUGAAAGAGCAGAAUAUUUCAAGUUUGAACUGUCCUGGAAUCCUGGACUCUGGUUGUGCCACCCUCCCCAACCUCGCUCAUCUGUUGCACAUUAUUCUCAGCACCUAUCUUCAACUUUUGGUGCCCCUAUUCCCCUGCCUCCCUAGCUGGACUGAAGAAAAGCUUGAAAGGCUCAGAGCCCUUAUACCUCAUUUCUUCUGAUAAAAGGAUCUCCGUCACAGCCUGUGGCUGGGGGAGAUGGUGGGACCUUCGUUGCCAUGGUACUAAAAUGCAAUCCAGAGCCUGGUGGUUUUUUGCUUCUCGCUUCCCUUGCUUCAUGUCUUCUCGGGCCUGGCAGUUCUUAUUCCUCUCAGCCAGGGUCCUGCGCUGGGCUUUAUUUGUUUUUAUUUUUAAGCACUGCCUUGCCAUAGGUGGGCCUGGGGCCUGGUCAGGAGCCCUUCAUAACUGUUCUUCCUCCUUACAGCUCAUGCACACAUUCCUCAGUGGGGUGGGGAAGGCAGGAUGGGGUCUGGCACAGAGGAGUUAGUGGUCCCCUGCUCCCCUUCUCUCCAGACCCUAGCCUGGGAACAGAAAACAAAGGUGUUCUGCAGAAGUCAUUUGCCUGCCCAGGUGGAGCCAGUAGUCCUGAGGCCGGGUGAAAGGAGGGAUGGGACUCUGAGCUUCUCUCUUACAGUGUUCCCCCAUAUUAAAACAGCAGAGGUGGCAACACAAAAGCUUUGUGUUGCGUUUGUGGUUCUGUUUGCCCCCCUUAUCUGUUGCUAUUUUUAUGCUGUCUCUCCCAUCACUGCGUUUUGUAAAAUGGCUCCUGGGGGAGUGUCCGUUCAAUCCCUCUUGCUCCACUACUUUUUUGGAAGAAAGUGGGGGUUGCAGAGGUGUGGUGGUGGGGGUCUUUUGUAUGGUUGGAUUAAUAAAAUGACUUGAAAA